UCAGAUAGGAGAAGGAGAAAACGAAGAAGAAUGUCGAGCGUUACAAUUGUGUUCAAGAUAUCAUAGAGGAGAACAUACUCACAAGGUUACCUGUCAAAUCGAUUUCAAGAUUCAGGUGUAUCUCCAGAAAUUGGUAUCAUCUAUUUCGAAACCCUAAUUUUAUUAAAAAUCAUCUCAACCAUGCUAAUCUCAUAAACCGAUUCAACAUCUUGGUUACCAACUCCAGUUACAAUUGUGUUCUAUCAACAACAUCAUCACCAUUUGUAAGUCAUGCUCUUGAGAUUGAUUAUCCAUUAAAGUCCAGAAAAUGUAUGCCUACAAUUCUAGGUUCUUCUAAUGGUUUGGUUCUCAUAGUCAUAGCAGUAAAAUCUUCUGAAAUUUUUGCAUUUGGAACCCGGCUACCAGCGAAUACUGCAGAUUCAGGCGACUCAGACGCACAUGGGUUUGGUUUUGAUUGCAAGAAUGAUGAUUAUAAGGUAAUAAGAAUUGAGAGUUCUGAUCCUAAUGAAGAAGUUUCGGAAGCUAGUGUUUACUCAUUAGCUUCAAAUUCAUGGAAGGAACUUGGUAUCAUUCCUUAUCAUUUUCCUCUUGGUAUAAAUAAGGGGUUUCUACUUAAUGGUGUUCUUUACUGGAUUGCUACUGGAAUUUUGUCUGAAGUUCUUGUUUGUUUUGAUAUUUCUGAUGAGAUGUUCCGUGAUGUGCCAUUACCUUACAACAGUUUAGAUGAGGCCGAGGCCCCUUCCUUUUUAGAUUUGGGCGUUUGGGAAGGGAAACUUUGUCUAUUUAUAAAGAAUCACAUGGAGAAUUCUACUAUAUGUACGCAUCAAAAUGAUCACGUCGACGUGUGGACGAUGACGGAUAACAAGUGGAGUAAGCAUUUAAAUAUUAGUGCACAUAUGACAGACAUGUACUAUGGAAGGCCAAUUCAAACUUUGCAAAAUGGUGAGAUUCUUAUUGAAGGCGGACCAAGGAAGGAAGAAGAGGGCAUUGGAUUUAUUUCAUAUGACCCUCAGCUUGAAAGAGUCAGAGCUCUGAAGAUACAUGGUGACCCAGACGAGUAUGAUGUGGAUACCUAUAUUGAGACCUUAGUACCACUAAACUCCGGUACUUAUGUUAAUAAAACAAGAAAGAAAGCAAAAACAAAGAGAAAAAAAAAAACAGAUACUGACGACUGAUGGGAAUCUAGAUUUAUAAACCAAGAAAGUAAGGGGGUACAUAAGAGGGUGGGGAAGACAUGGUAGAAAGGGAUGGUGUCGAUCUUUCUUAUGUUUUUGCGCUAAAGAAAUGGAAGCGGAAAAUGGUUCAUUGCCAGAUCAGGCACAUGGGGGUUGUAUAAGUUAUACGGCAUUUUAGGUGAUCAAUUCUUCUGAUACAGGAAAAUAGUGGAAUUGUGGAUUUUACAGGACAACUGUAAAGUUCUGUAGCUUAGCUAAAAGUAGAAAGUUUGGGUGGAAAAGAUGCAAUGAGUUGCUGAGAAAAUUGGAGAUGAAUAACAAAGAAUUGAACCAGUGUGGGAGGUAGACAGCAUAGGCUAUAUGUAGAACCAAACCAAUAUCAAUAGGACUGCAGAUUUAUAUAGUAAGUCAAUGUAUGACAACAGUCUUUCCUUCUUGGCAAAGCUUUGAGCAUCUUCUGUUGCAACUGCAGGGAGGUGUUUAAAACCAGUGAAAUAUUGAUUUUGCACUCUGUUGGGUACAGCAUCAGCAAUGUAGAAGAAGGAUGGGUCCAGAAAAUUUUGACUGAUUUCCCACUUGUAAAGUUGUAACCAACAGAUACAUCGCAAGUUGAAUUUUGAAUUGAUAAGUUAA